UCGCUAUUUGGAUUUAAAUCAUCGUGUAGACAAAGUUGUACAAUAUUAUUUAUUUAAUUAAUCGAAAUGAGAAAUUUUCUUGUGAAAAUAGUUAAUAGUUUUAUUACAGUGCAAAAGCGAUCUUGCUACAAUGUUUUUGGAAUUAAAGACUUGUUACAACCUGAAAAGGCUACUUCAUUCAAACUAAAACAGUUAGGGAGUCGUAACAACGAGACCGCUGAAGCUUUGGACAUCAUAAAGCAGUAUUACCUGAGUGAACACGUGUUCGUGCGCGCGCGCAGUUACUUCGAUAUCAACGAGGACAGAGCCAUCGAUGAGUAUAUUACUAGUAUACUGAAGCAAGGUAAUUCUCUGUGCGCCGUUGUAGACGACGGUUCUAUUGCAGGCUUGUGUUUGAACUUUGCGUCCAGUCCAGUUGACCCAAGCAUCCUGAGGAACUUCGCAUUUUAUAGACAAAAUGCAGACACAAAGGACUUCCUUUACUUCAUAGCAAAGCUGCAAGAAAUACCAAAUCUCUGGGAGUUUUAUAAGGUGCCGAAGAUAUUUGAGAUAAAGAUGUUGACUGUACUGCCGGAAUACCGUAGACAAGGCCUGGCCGUAAUGAUGGCUGAGAAAUCCAAGGAACUGUCGCACGACCAGGGUUACAAUGUUGUGAGGAUGGACUGCAUCAAUCAAUAUGACUAUAAGAUAGCGGAACGCUGCAUGAUGUCGUGUUUGGUGAAGUUUCCACUGCACAAGCUGCGAGGACCCAACGCGCCCUUCAUCAAGCGGAGCUCCAGCGAGAACAGAUAUGUCCGCGUGUAUGUAGACGCGCGCACGCACACAGACAAAGAUAAGGAGGUUAUACGAAGACUUGAGUUGGAAGAAUUAAUCGAAUGAAAUACGCACAAGUUCUUUUUCAACGUCCUUUAAAAAGCCGUCGAUCAAAAUUUAAAUUUAAUUAAAAUGCGACACUUAUUUAAUAUAUGCCCAUUAGGCCGAAUGGGUUUUUGCGCACUGGACAUACAUAGAAUUUCAAAAAAGUACUUUAUAGUAUAAAGUAUUGUAAAGUAAUCUAUAAGAGAAAAAGUCACAGUUUUUAUUUUAUUACGAUUUUAUUGUAUGUGUAGACAAAAUAUCAUAACAUAGCCAUAAAUUGGAUUAUCUAAAAUUUAUAAUUACAAAACUGUAAAUCAACAAUCUCUAUGUAUGAGUGUGUGUGUGUGUGUGUGUGCUGUUGUUGUGUUUCGUACGAGUGUGUGUAAUUAAAUAUAUUUAUUUAAUUCA